UCUGCUCAAACAGAAAAUGGAGCUUUCCAGAACCGCCUGUGCCGCCGACGAUCAACUUGCUCGGACUUCCGAAAUCGAAUCUCAGCUUUCCUCCGUCGUUUACGAGCUCUCACAACAAGUGCAAGGGGCAAUGGAGAACAUGCUGAAGAUGAUAAACGAAAUUGAUCAGAGCUCUACUGAAGUAACAGAAGACAUGGAGAAGUGCAAGGAGUCUGCUCUUGAGAGAAGUAAAACUUUAGAGGAACAGAAGGAACAUUUUCAAAGAGCUGCUUAUGCUAUUUUGGACAUGCUAAAUAACCAGGAGAGAGGAUAAAAUUUGUAUAGAGGGCAUGCCAGACAUUUUGACCCCAUCAUUCCUCGCAACGAUGUAAAAUUUGUAGAGAAUCCACAAGUCACUUAGCUUUGUAGCAUUUUGGGAAAUACAUUUGAGUCCUACCCGUUAAAUAAGCAUUGCUUGAAUCUGAAUGGUAAUAAUCGAUGUAUGAUCUCUACGAAUCAUGUGCCUUUCUGCUUGUUGACUAUCCUAAAAGUUGGGUUUUGUGUCCUCUUGAAGCAAAGCUUU